CCAAAAUGGCGAGUACAGCUCCUGUCGAGGACAAGAAGGCAUUUCACCCCAUCGACGUUCCCUUCCCACCCUUCUUCGACAAGGAGCUGCGGGAGGCCUGGCUCAAGUGGGGUCUCAGCGAGGACAUGGGGGCCGUCAAAUUCUCAUUCGACAACGCCCUGCCGACCGCCGCAGCCACCACACAGAUCAGCAAAGAUGUCCUUCGGCCGUUUGUCGAGGACUUCUUCUCGGACCCGACGGUGCGUUCGGCGCUGCGAGGGGCGUUUCCCAUGGUGUUUGGGAGUGGGCGCACGGUGUGCGAGUUUGAUGUGAUGCGGACGAGCAAGACGCGGAUGAGCUUCCUGAGCGAGCCUUUGGUGAAUGGGGGCAUCGUGAGUGAGAGCGGACACAUCAAGGGGCGCCUGGAAGAGGACUAUGAAGGUGCCCAUGCACACACAUGGAGACGAUGUGUAUGCAUGGAUAGGAUGGUCGUGUUUGUUGUUGUUGUCGUGCCUGUGUGUGUGGUGCAGGCAUUCCGAUAGUCAAUAUGCUGCGUGAGUGUCUCCUUAUGGAGGAGAGCGAGCACUGGGAGGUUUUCUCUGAGCAGGACCGGUGCGAGUUCCUCUUGAUGAUCUUCCAGCACCUGGUGGUCGGGGGGGCCAUGAACCAGUACGACGACAGCGCCACCCCCUACUAUGACACCACACGACGCCUCUACAAGGAGUUCUGCAGUGUGAGACGCAACGAAGACGGAGACAUUCAGGUAAGAACACAUCAACGGUGCAGAAAGCCGUGUGCAUCCAGCGUCUUCUCUUGUGUUGGUGGUUCAGGUGAUAUCAAAGGUAGUGCGGGUGCGUUCGUUCUCUGAUGAGGGGUCCUCGCUGUUUCCCCGCGAGCAUCCCUCCAACUUUUGCUAUUUGAUCAUCGACCCGCUCAGUCGGCAGCUGUGGGUGUGGUACUAUGGCUAUCGACCCUGGUUCUGACUGAUGCAUGGAUGGAUGAUUGGGUGCACGUGUGUGUUGUGGAUGGACACGUUGACG